UAAUUCGUAUAAACAUGCCUGACAAAGGAAGGAUGAAAGUACGCGCAUCGAGCGGCCUUGACACGUCAAAUGUUGUCCGCUAGCAAUCAGCUGGCCGUGCCAUUUGUUGCCAAACAAAUAGAAUUCACCAAUCCCGGGUAGUGAAAAUAAAGAAAACAAAGGGGGGAAACGCUAAAACAAAAUAAUACAACGAUGAAAAGUUGCACAUCGCCACGCCAUUCGCAGCAACGAAGUAAUGUUAAACUUUCGCUGAAAUUGACAAGUAAAUUAAUACCAAGAACAAGAACGAGAAACCUUACGAAAAAACUACUAAUGGCAUAAAGAAGCGACUCUACGCUACAUCGGCACAGACUUCAUAAAGAGAACAAUUCAUCAUGGCUGACAAUGAACAGACUUAUUACGAUUUUGGGAACUCUGAAAGCAUCGAAAAUUUUUUCAACGACGGUUGGACAAUAAUUGGUGGAAAUUGUUCAAAGAAAGAUGAUUCCGACGAAGGCAGUAAUAACGACAUGUCUGUCAGCGACGCUCAGGAUACUUUUGGGAGUAUAGAAGUGCUUUCGUCACCUGAUACCGAUGCUGUGGAUAAUGAAACGAGAAGCGAUGAUGACAAACCAGUUGAAGAUUCUGAUGGUAUAUCGGUAAUAACUGAUUGCGAUUGUAAUCAGUUAAUUGCAACAAAGAAAUUUGGAGAAAUCAAUGGUUGCCGAAACCAUUUGUGCAGUUCGAUUAACAAAUUUGAAAAGACUGGAGAAAAAUCAAGUCCGCAGGUUGGAACGAUUUUGAACUUUGUAAUUGCCUGUUCAUUGGCAGCUAUCAUUGGACUUGGUGCAGGCCGCAUCCUUAGAAUGGAUGACGAGUGUCCUAUUACGAGUGCCAUCGAUUUUCAUACUAUAAAGGCAGAAAGUGACAUGUUGAUUAAUCGAAUAAAAGAAUUAAACGAAGUUAAAAACGUUCUCGACGAAAUAAAAGCCAGUAUUCCGCAAGUGAAACGAGCACAAGAAAAACUACCCGUCCGGGGAUCUAAAUCAAGAACAAAACGUUUCCAACAACGUGAGAAACAUUUUAAAAUUUCAGACACUUACAUCUUCGAUCCAGAUACUACGAUCUUGGAACAAUUACAAAUAUCACUGAACACAUUGUGCUCUGUUAUUGAUGAUAUCAACCCAGAGAAUGACUUUAUAAGUUUAGACGCAUCCAAGACACAAAGCAUUGUUACUGAUUUGAUUGAAUUUAAAAAUAUUGUACACACUGUUGUGAAAGAACUUGGUAAUACAGAAAGGCCAAAGCAGAUGGAGUUUUUGAGAAAUGCUGAAACGAGGAUAAGAGAUGUUUGCGAAUCGCUGCUCACCGAUUUAACUUAUACCAUACAUGGAUUGACUAUGAAAAUUCAUCAUAAAUUAAACAAAGUUAGGCACAAGUUGAACAAGAGAUUGUGCUUGUUGAAAACGUCUGGAUCGUUGGAUGAAAAGGUGUCUCAAUCCUUAGAAGAAAAUAAUUCUUUUCUAAAGAGCUGCGACAGAGUAUUAAACGUUACCUUAAAGCCAAAUGCACGUUCUAUAGAAACAAAAGAAAAACGAAUAUCGAAUCGAAAAAUUUACCCGAAGACUACAGGUAAAGCAAUAGCAAGCUUAUCCGAAAACUCGUCUUCUGGAACUGAAAAUGAUUUUUCAAAAGAUUACUCUAGCGACAGUUCAAUGCCAGAUUUGACUUACAAUUACAAUAAAAAUAUUGAUUUUUGGAAAAAAAAACCAAAUGUUCGCCUAGAAGGAAAAGACACUAAACAAGAGUCCGGGAGAAUUCUGUUAGAGAAUGGCAUAAAACGGGGUAAGAAGAGAACCAAGAUUAUGAAAUCAAGCAGAGAUUCGCAAAGCUGUAAAAAUUCUGUGAUGGAAAUACUAGUGCCAGCAGAAACUUGUCCUAUGAGUCAAAACCUUUGGGUUGAAUUAGAAUCUAUUUGCGAUAAAAUGGUCAAGCCUGAAGUACCAAAUGCAAAAGAAAAACCGUUGUAUUCGACCAUUUUAAAAUCAACAAGCAAUGCUGUGCCAUCUGAGCAGGGAAAAUUGGAUGAGGAAAAACCACAUAGUGUCAAGUUCCCAAGCGAGGUGAGCGCCGAAGAAAAGGAUAACUUGCGCGAGACAAAGCACGAUGUCACCCCAAGUGAAAGUGAUAUUAAUGUACUACAGAAUGUCAAGAUCAUGAAAGAGCAGUGGAAUGCUAACAUUCGCCAGUCGGUUGUACAACAUGAUGUGGCUCCAGGAUUCCAAGAAUCUCCAUUAUGCGAAGAAAUUUCAGAAGAGGUAUACAAAGAAAAGCUGUUACAAAGCAAUGAAAAAAUUCCUUCAUUGAACGGGUCUCUCAAACUCUGUCGAAAGGGUGAAAAAUGUUCCAAUGAUUCUACUACAUCAACUCAAUCAAAGAAAAAAGUGGUAUCUAAUGACGAAAACAAAGAUAAUAACAAAAAACGCAAGAAGAAGCGCGGUAAAAAGUGGAUAAAAACACAGAACAAUUAUGAUACUGAAGAUUUAAAAAAAGUUAUGUAUAACGAAAAAACUUUGCCGCCUCCGAAGAUGAGGCCUACGAAAAUUCAAAAAGAUUCAAAAAAGCAAAACACCAAUCAAAAGAGUAGUGGUCAGUUAUCAGGCGAUUGGCAACUACAAAGAUCUCAUGCUCGGGAGAUGCAUCGCGAUGGUAAUCAUCGCUCUGAAUGGUUCUUCGAACGUGCUUCUUCGCGUCAAGAUGCUCGAGAAAAGGUUUUUGCGAAAGUAGGUUCUAAAUGUUAUGGACCAGACAAAUGUCGAUCGAAUUCCAAAGAAAGAAUAGAUGAUGAAGAGUCUUACGAUUACUGGGUCCAACCAAAGGAGACAAGAGAUCGAAAGCAUUGGGGUGGCCGUGCCGGUUUCACGGCAAAAAAGAUGGUCAAGAUGCUUCAUCGAAAAAAUAUAAUGCAAACGAAACACCAUUGAGUUACGAAGUCUAAGAAAAAACAAAAUGCAUAUAAUACCUAUUCUUUAAUUCUUGUUCAAAAAUUUGUACUUUAAAAUCUAUACUAUAUUUUAUUCUACUAAGCGUUCAAACAUAUGGCUGUUAUUAUACAAUAAGUAAGGAAACAAAUACUUAGAGAAAAACCGUCUAUACAGAGAAAAGAAAAAAUUUCAGAAGCUCUCUUGGUGGUUAAUAUUUUCUCAGUUGAAUUGUGCGAUAAAAUUAGUAAUGAUGCAUUUAUAAAUUGUUUAAAAAAUUUUGACUGUUUUUCGGUAGACCCUUCAUUUUGAAAUUCCUGAAUGAAUCAUUAUUAUUUUAACGAAAAAGUUGAUUUGUAUUUCUGCAAUUGUCCAUUCAAAAUUGAGGCAUAUUGGAUACACUAGUCGGAGUAACUAAUAUUCGUUAAUAUCGAAUCUUUUUUUAAAGAAGUGCUCAACUAAAUGAUCGCUAAUUCAAUAAUAUGGAAAUGCCAAUAUACCUUAUAAAAUGCUCAGCAUUACCUUUUGGCAUCUACACAGAGAUAUGAUGAUGGU